AUGCUCAUCAAUUAUAUCUUUCUUUCAUUCAUUCAUUAUGGUAUUAAUAAUGAAACUUUUCAAGAUUAUGAAAAUAAUCGACGCCCAUUAACGGAUAAAUUUAUUUUAUUAGCACGUCAAUAUGGUCCAGAUAAAAUUCUUAAGAUUAUUGAUGAGCGUUUACCAAAUACAUCUACAAGUAUAUCUGAUAUUAUUUACAAUUAUAAACAAACAUCUGGUUGGGAUAAAUAUUUAUUAAAUAAUAAAGAUUCACUUUCUUAA